AUGGGUGAGCUUAAAACGGGUAGAGGCUUGCAUCAAGAAGUUGGUAUUUCUAGAGCUUGCGAUACUCGUUGGGGAUCUCAGUUCAAAUCUUUUAAUUGUUUUAUUCUCAAGUUUGGUACAAUUAUGGACAUUCUUGAUAAUAUUGUUAAAACUGCACAUUCUAUGGAUGAAAGAUCCAGGGCAACAGGAUAUAUCAGAAUUGUUCAAACUUAUGAGGUUGCAUUCAUGUUGCAUUUGAUGAAAGAAGUUUUAGGAAUUACUAAUGAUCUUAGUACAUGUUUACAAAAAAAGGAGCAAGACAUUGCAAAUGCCAUGCUACUUGUUAAAGUGGCCAAGAGAAGGCUGCAAGAGUUGAGGGAAAAUGAAAGAUGGGAUUUAUUUGUUGUUGAGGUUUCUGCAUUUUGUAUCAAGUAUAAUAUUGUAGUGCCUAAUUUUGAUGAGCCGUAUGUUAAUUCUGGAAGAUCACGACGUAAAUCUGCUGAUUAUACUGUUUUUCAUCAUUAUCGUGUUGAAGUAUUUUGUAAAAUAAUUGGUUGGCAAUUGCAAGAACUCAAUGAUCGUUUUGAUGAGGUGACAACCGAGUUGUUUUAUGGAGUUGCUUGUUUGAAUCCGGUAGACUCAUUUUCAAGUUUUGAUAUCCAGAAAAUAAUGAGAAUGACUGAAUUAUAUCCUGAUGACUUUGAUGAACUUAGCAUGUGUGCACUUGAGAAUCAACUAGCAAAUUACAUUAUUGAUGUCCGUGAUAUCGAUAAAAGGUUCUCUGAUUUACAUGGGCUUUUUGCCAUUGUAUCCGUUGAAAGAGCUUUUUCGGGAAUGAAAUUUAUUAAGAAUGAGUUGCGAAGUCAAAUGAAUGAUGACUUCUUGAGCGGUUGCAUGGUUCCUUUUAUGGAGAAAGAUGUGUUUAAGGAUGUUUCAACGGAUGAUAUUAUUUUGUAUUUUCAAGCAAUGAAACCUCGUCGAAUAGUAUUGUAA